AUGGUUCGACCGACGUCAACCUUUUGGCUGCACGUCAAGAAAGAGACGGCGGAAGAUGGUACAAUCACUACCUACGUGUGCCUUCAGUGCCGUUUUCCGGUAACCCCAAAUGCAACUAGAAUUGGGGAGCACCUUUUAGGCACUCCAAGCUCAAAGCAUAAGAACAUAGCGAUCCGCGAAUCAGAUUAUGCGAAGCAGCUGCGAGCGUCGUCCAUCAAGGAGCGUUCGUCCUUCAGAGACGGAUCUAAUGGAGGGUCUACGUCCAGUGUGGAGGUGCAGUCACCCCGGCGCUCACGGCAGCGGGACAUUCGGGAGAUGGCCGACGUGACAGCGAGCGGAUGCUUGGACUACUUGUGGGCGGCUGCUGUUGCGGACAACGACCUGGCAUUUAGGACGCCCAAAUCUAAGGAGAUGCAAGCGUUUGUGGAUGCAGUCGCCGCAUUCGACAGGUCCUACACAUUACCUUCGGCCUGUAAGGUGGCGGGCCCACUUCUUGUCAAGUUGAAGCUCGACACGGAGGAGCUUAUCCAGCCAAUCAAAGAGAGUUGGCAGAGAAGCGGAUGCACCCUCACGAUGGACGGCAGGACGUGCCUCAAAAGUCGGGGCAUGAUUUGCGUCAUCACCCAAAACGACACCGCGCUGAUAAUUGUGGACUGCGUUGACUCUAAAACCGCGAAGAAAACUGGAGAGUACCUCGCGAACCUCAUCCAACAUUCGAUUUGCGAGGUGGGGGACAGCCACGUUGUCCAAGUCGUCAUGGACAACGCAACUAACAACAAGCGCGCGGCUAGCUUGCUCAAGGACGAGUACCCGCAAGUCUUCUUCACGAAUUGUGCGGCCCACGACUUGGACCUCAUGCUACACGAUAUGGGAAAGCUAGCGCUUGUCCACCCGGGUGCUACUCGUUUUGGAACGCAAGUGAUCAUGAUCGAGCGUUUCCUUGAGGUUAAGGAAGAAUUGAUGUCGAUGGUGAUUAGUGAGGAGUGGGGAAAUGUGGCGGUGGCGAAAACAGAGGAGGGAAAGGCUAUCCGUUGUCUCCUCUUGGAGGAGACGUUUUGGGACUCCGUCACGGUCAUUCUCUGCCUCAUGCAACCCAUCUACGAGGUGCUACGCAUCGUUGACCGGCAAUCCCUUGUGAUGGGGCAGAUCUACGGCCUCAUGCUUGAGGCCAUGGUCAAGACUAACGAAGCGGCAUCGACGGCGGGUAAGUUCAAUGAGUUAGGCAUACGAUGA